AUGACAGGCAAAAGGCCCUCAGAGACACGAAAACGCUCCUGCCGUCGAUGCGUCGAGCUGAAAGUGAAAUGCUCACCCAGUCAGGACGAUGAGCGAUGCCAUCGUUGCUCCCGGCUAGGCCAUGAAUGCACCUUUCCGGAGAGGCCGACGCGUCGCAGACCAACGAAGAGCCGCAUUGAUAGAUUGCAAGAGCGGGUUGACGAGCUACUCGCCCAGAAUGGCGCAGGAUGUACAAGAGCAACCUCAACCGCUACGUCAGGAGUAUCUGGCACAAUAAAUUUAGAUAAUAUUAAUGAUUCAAUCGCCGGCGGCCUCAUUACAAUCGAUCGGGCCGAUACCCUCCUGGAGAAAUUUCGCUCGUUCAGAAUGCCCCAGUUCCCAUUCGUCGUGGUCCCGGCUACAACGCGUGCAUCUCAACUCCAUGCACAGAGCCCAUUUCUUCUUCUGACCAUCAUUGCUGCUUGCUUGGAAGAUGAUUUAUCACUGCAGAAGGGCCUCGACCACGAGAUCAAGCGGCAAAUCAGCAUUCGUAUCAUCAUUAAUAACGAGCGCAGCAUGGAUCUUCUCUUAGGUCUCUUGGUGCAUACAGCGUGGUAUCACUACAGAUUUAAGACGAUCCACACCCUGAUGUAUCUGUCUUUAGAACUUGCUAUCACACUCGUGGCUGAUCUAGGUCUCGAUCAGAAUAGUGGCUUGACCAUGAGAGGUAUUACUGCUGGGUUGAAGGGAAAGGGUAGCGAAACGAGAAACCCUCAGUCCAGUACCGAGAAGCGGGCGCUUUUGGGGGUGUUUCAUUUAACCUCGGUACUGUCUUUGUUUCGUCCACAGCUGUUGAUGAGAUACACGGAUUGGAUCAACCAGUGCUGCGCGGAUCUCUCUGAGAAUCCAGAGUAUCCGACUGAUAGGCUUCUGAGGACUUAUCUCGAUGGCUCAGCACCAAUUAUAAAGAAUGAUUCGAUCUUUGGCUCUAAUGCAAACGAGAUAGACUGGAAUGCAGUUGAACACCAGCAAGAUAAAUUAAAGAAGGGAAACACUGGGCCGCAUGAUAUGAUCAUUGAUAACUGGGCGUACUACUUUGAAGUAAAAGCAAAACCAAUCCUUCUUCUUGGGGAAAUCCUGCACCACCAGAGCAGCACAUUUACCAUCGACCAAAUGAGCAAACUCGACGACCUAAUACACUCAACUGAAGACUUUAUUGCGUCGUUCCCUAGAAUCCCCGCCGAUCGCAUUGUCCACCUACCCCUUCCGUUCCAUACAUACAUGUGGUACGCCCUGCUGAUACUGUCCAAAACCCUCCUACUUUCCAACAUGGAUCACCCGAAAACACUCAAUCUUGAAGCAAGUAUCUGCGGAAACAUAGUGGCGACCCUGAACCGAAUGGAAGCCCUCUCGACCGGACAAGAUAUAUGGGCGAACAGCCGUAAUGUCGUGGGAAGCAUGCUGUCCUGGCUGAAGGAUCAUAUGCGACAAAAGACUACUGACGCGCAACCGGCUCGUGGGCUUGCAGAUAGUAGUUCAGGGCAGCUCGGACAUUGUCCGGCAUCGACUCAUAGCAUUGGGGAGCUGCAACUUGAUGAUAUCCCGGAGGAAGCGUACUGGAAUGCCGAUUGGUGGCAGCAAAUGGUGGAGGGGCCUCUGUUUUAUCCAGCCGUGGGCUCACCGUCGUGGCUUCUACCGGCAACACUUUGGCCGGAGCAGUCCACAAUUUCUCCGCAGCAACAAGCAAGUCAACCAACACCAUCAACUUCCCCAGAUGCAGUGACCCGCCAACACCAGCUAGUCAGCUCGCUAGUUCGCUCUGUCUAUCCAGGAUACGGAGCAUGUCUUGUGGCAAUGUCAUCCUAUGAUAGGGGCUUGCUGCAGAGGCUCCCCGUCCGGAUAGGCCUAAACGAUAGUAUCCACCACCCCCGCUGGGAUGCUCUCACCCACCAAGUUGGCCGGUUCCGCCCCUUCACCCUAAGCUACCUUCUCUCGUUUCCCAAUGAACUUAUCCUCGAAGUAGCGGACCAUCUGGACCUGCCGGAUCUCGCCAGAUUGUCUCGUGUCAAUCGUCAUCUUCGCGAACUGCUCUUGCCAAGAGUCUUUCGAAUCGGGAGUCGCGAAUCCCGUCGUCACAAGAAAACCGUCUGCUUCACAUGGCUACACUAUGCUGCCUUCACGUGCAAUAUCCCCCUGGCGCAACGGCUGAUGGCCGAGGGGUCGGAUCCAUAUCGAGUCGGUCGCAAACGGUGUUGGUCGCCGCUGUACGUCGCGGUCCUGAAUGGAUAUGCCGAAAUGGCGGAGGUGCUGGGACUGAACAAGGCUGACACGAAACAAACCUUCCUGAAUGCCGACGUGACACUGCUGCAUGCCGCCGUCGAAAGCCGGAACGAAUAUCUCAUAAUGCGGUGUCUCCAGAUCGGUCUUCCACUCGACGUACAGGACGUCAGGGGGGAUACUCCGCUUCACCAUGCGGCCGCGAAUGGCGAUGUCGAUGUCGUACGUUUUCUCUGUCGACUGGGCGCCUGUAUUCACGUCCGGAACUUCUCCGGCGCGACCCCGAUGCAUCGCGCUGCCUCGGCCCGGAUCUCCAGACGCAGGCCCGAUACUCGAGUACGCACGAUCGUUUUCCUUUAUCAACACGGUGCGGUGGUGGACGUGCGGAACAUCCAAGGCCAGACCCCGAGCAUGUUCGCCACUGCGCGUGGCCACCUCGACUUGCUGAAGCAGCUUUUUCUGUUAGGAGCGCGCGCGGACGUUCAGGAUAACGGUGGUCGAACGCUUCUCCACGAGGCCGUCGUAUCCGGGGAGAUCAGCAGUCGGAACCUUCGCAUGAAAAUCAUGACCUAUCUGUGCUCGCGCGGGUCGAAAGUUGACGCUCCCAACUCUUUGGGCGACACCCCCCUUCACUUUGCGGCCAUCAGGGGCUUCCCGGAAGCGAUCCGACGACUGGUGGAACUUGGCGCACGACGCGAUAGCCAGAACGCUUUAGGACAGACACCGCUUCAUGCUGCGCUAGCGGGGGACCCGGCCGUUAUCCGCUUGCUGGUGGCGUUAGGUGUGGACAUCAACGCAGCUGAUUUCGACGGGAUGACCCCUCUUCACCAGGCGAUGUUUGAAGAUUCCGAGGCAGCGGCGCUGGAACUGAUACGACUGGGGGCGAACGUGCAUCUUUGCAAUGCGGAUGGGCGAGUGCCCGCAUCCUUACCUUCCUAUCCAUCUACCUUCUCCAUCCACAUCAUCGCGUUCAACAUGAAUUACGUAGCCGACCCUAUCCCCGCCGACCUCCUCCCCAUCCCUCCCAUCUCGUCUGGGACCUCUCUUCCUGAACCCAUCGACAAACCGAUCAAAAUCCUCAUGAUCCACGGACAUGGCUCCUCCUCCUCCCGCAUCUUCUACAAAUAUCGCGCCCUGCAGCCCUCCAUCCGCCACGAGAUCCUACAAACCCUCCAUCGCGACGUCGAAUUCUACUUCCCCAACGCCCCGCUCCUCCCCACAGGGUUCGAGCCGGGCAUGUGGACCUGGGGUCUUGGCGAUUACCGCGUCGACCGGGUCCCCGGGCUGCAGGAGUCGAUUAGCUACUUGGUGCGGUACAUGGAAGAGCAUGGCCCGUUUGAUGGCAUCGUGGGCAGUUCGGCGGGCGCGUCGAUUGCGGUUCUGGUAGGGUCGCUUUUGGAGAGGAGGAAGUUGAGAGAAGAGGGGUGUGAGGAGGUUGGGAUGGUGACAACCCACCCCCCCUUCAAAUUCAUCCUCGCCUACAGCGGCUUCCAAAUGAGCCACCCCUGCUACAAAACCAUCUAUAGACCGAAGAUCCGUACCCCUGUUCUGCUUUUCAUCGGCGAUCUGGACACUUACAUCCCCGGACCGUUGACGCUGCAGCUUGCGCGCCGGUGUGUCAAUCACCGCGUCGUUUAUUUCCCUGGUGUUCACUAUAUUCCGCGACAGAGGGUCACGACCAUGGCGGCUGCGGAGUUUAUUUGUGAUUGUUUGGGUGAAGGGGAGGGGGUGUUUGGGAAGGGGGAUGCGAGUGGGAGGCUCAGUCACGGGCAGAGUUAUAGUUACAGUUACAGUCAGGGUGGGGAUGAGUGGGUGGGGGAUGCGGAGAUGGAGGAGGAGGAUGAUGAUGAUGAUGAGGAUGGGGAGUGGGAGUGGGUUGGGGAUAAUGAGGACUGGGAUGGGGAUGGGGAUGGGAACGAGGGUUGGGGUUUCAGGUUGUUGUGA